AUGGCGGCUGCGGCAGCAGCGGUGGGUGUCAGGCUCCGAGACUGCUGCAGCAGGGGCGCUGUGCUCCUGCUCUUCUUUUCCCUGUCCCCUCGGCCCCCGGCCGCCGCCGCCUGGCUGCUGGGCCUGCGGCCCGAGGACACCGCUGGAGGCCGCGUGUCCCUGGAGGGGGGCACCCUGCGCGCCGCCGAAGGCACCAGCUUCCUCCUGCGCGUCUAUUUCCAGCCCGGGCCCGCGGCGCCCGUGGAGCCGGUGCCCACACCCACCCUUUCCCCAGGGGAGAACGGCACCGGCGACUGGGCUCCACGGCUCGUGUUUAUCGAGGAGCCUCCGGGCGGGAGUGGCGCGGCGCCCAGCGCUGUCCCCACGCGCCCCCCGGGGUCGCAGCGCUGCCGCGAGCAGAGCGACUGGGCAUCAGACGUGGAGGUCCUGGGGCCCCUGCGUCCCGGAGGCGUGGCGGGCUCAGCUCUAGUCCAGGUGCGGGUGCGGGAACUGCGUAAGGGCGAGGCAGAGCGAGGCGGCACGAGCGGUGGCGGGAAGCUCUUCUCUCUGUGCGCCUGGGACGGGCGCGCCUGGCACCACCACGGCGCCGCCGGCGGCUUCCUGCUGCGCGUACGCCCGCGGCUCUAUGGCCCGGGCGGGGACCUGCUGCCCCCCGCGUGGCUGCGGGCGCUCGGAGCGCUCCUGCUGCUCGCCCUGUCUGCCCUGUUUAGCGGCCUGCGCCUGAGCCUGCUCUCGCUGGACCCGGUGGAGUUACGGGUGCUGCGGAACAGCGGCUCGGCCGCCGAGCAGGAGCAGGCGCGCCGAGUGCAGGCCGUGCGCGGCAGGGGGACCCAUCUGCUCUGCACCCUGCUCCUGGGCCAAGCCGGAGCCAACGCGGCCCUGGCGGGCUGGCUGUACGCCUCGCUGCCGCCGGGCGUCGGGGGCACUGGGGAAGACUACGGCGACGCGGGGACCCACUUCCCCUGGCUGCCGGCGCUCGUGUGCACCGGCGCCGUGUUCCUGGGCGCAGAGAUCUGCCCCUACUCGGUGUGUUCGCGGCACGGGCUGGCCAUCGCCUCCCACAGCGUGUGCCUGACCCGGCUCCUGAUGGCGGCCGCUUUCCCCGUGUGCUACCCGCUGAGCCGCCUGCUGGACUGGGCGCUGCGCCAGGAGAUCAGCACCUUCUACACGCGGGAGAAGCUGCUGGAGACGCUGCGGGCCGCGGAUCCUUACAGCGACCUGGUGAAAGAGGAGCUCAACAUUAUCCAGGGCGCCCUGGAGCUGCGCACCAAGGUGGUGGAAGAGGUGCUGACCCCUCUUGGGGACUGCUUCAUGCUGCGCUCCGACGCUGUGCUGGAUUUCGCCACUGUCUCCGAGAUCCUGCGCAGCGGCUACACUCGCAUCCCCGUGUACGAGGGCGACCAGCGGCACAACAUUGUGGACAUUCUGUUUGUCAAGGACUUGGCCUUCGUGGACCCCGACGACUGCACGCCGCUUCUCACGGUCACCCGCUUCUACAACCGGCCCCUGCACUGCGUCUUCAAUGAUACCCGGCUGGACGCGGUGUUGGAGGAGUUUAAGAAGGGAAAGUCUCACCUGGCCAUUGUCCAGCGGGUGAAUAAUGAGGGAGAAGGGGACCCCUUCUAUGAGGUGAUGGGCAUUGUCACACUGGAGGACAUCAUAGAGGAGAUCAUCAAGUCGGAGAUCCUGGAUGAAACUGACCUCUACACCGACAAUCGGAAAAAGCAGAGGGUCCCACACAGGGAGAGGAAGCGGCACGACUUCUCCUUGUUUAAGCUUUCUGACUCGGAGAUGAGGGUGAAGAUCUCUCCACAGCUUCUGCUGGCCACACACCGCUUCAUGGCCACAGAAGUGGAGCCGUUUAAGUCUCUGUACCUCUCGGAGAAGAUCCUGCUCCGGCUCCUGAAACAUCCCAACGUGAUCCAGGAGCUGAAGUGUGAUGAGAAGAACAAGAAGGCCCCGGAACACUACCUGUACCAGCGCAACCGCCCUGUGGACUACUUUGUGCUACUUCUGCAGGGUAAAGUGGAGGUGGAGGUUGGUAAGGAAGGCCUUCGCUUCGAGAACGGAGCCUUCACCUACUAUGGUGUCCCAGCCAUCAUGACCACUGCUUGCUCAGAUAACGAUGUGCGGAAGGUUGGAAGUCUGGCUGGAUCCUCUGUCCUUCUAAACCGGUCCCCUUCCCGCUGCAGCGGGUUGAACCGCUCCGAGUCUCCGAGCCGUGAGCGCAGCGACUUUGGGGGAAGCAACACCCAGCUGUGCAGUAGCAGCAACAACCUCUACACACCCGACUACUCAGUCCACAUCCUCAGCGACGUGCAGUUUGUGAAGAUCACGCGGCAGCAGUACCAGAAUGCGCUCACCGCCUGCCACAUGGACAGCACACCCCAGUCCCCCGACAUGGAGGCCUUCACUGAUGGGGACUGCACCAAGGCCCCCAUGACCCGGGGCACACCCCAGACCCCCAAGGAUGACCCUGCCGUCACCCUCCUGAGCAACAGGAACAGCCUGCCGUGCAGCCGUUCAGAUGGGCUGAGAAGCCCUGGUGAGGUCAUGUACCUGAGGAUGGAGGAGAUGGCCUUCACCCAGGAGGAGAUGACAGACUUCGAGGAGCAGAGCACACAGCAACUCUCACUGUCUCCUGCAGCUGUUCCCAUGAGAGCAGCAUCAGAUAGUGAAAGUUGUCAUAUCAACCUGGACACAGAGACCAGCCGCUGCAGCAGCAGCUUUGAGGAAACCAUGGGCCAGAAGUUGCUGAGAACCUUGAGUGGUCGAAAAAGGAAGAGGUCACCAGAUGGAGAGAGAACCUCUGAGGAGAACUCCAACUUAACCCCUCUCAUCACAUGACAGGGCAGUCAGCGUUCGCUGGGUGCGUGAGAUUCCAGAGCUUUGGGGAGAACCCGUCCUCCCAUCAUCUGCUUCUCCCCAAGGCCUCCCACAGGUGACAGAGCGUUCCGCUUUCCUUACCACCUCUUCACCCCUAGCUGUCAGUUUGGCAGAUUUUCCCUCGUUCCUCCAGUUUGACUCAGAGCCUUGCGGUAGCCAUAACGGAAGGAGGUGCCUCAGUGGAACAUGCUAGAAAUGGUCUUAUCCACAGCACAGUCUGGGACUGGAGAAGAAAUGACCCCAGGCUGACAGUGCCACUCGAGGAUCCCUGAUGCCCUUUUUUGUUCUUUGGUGUCCCCUGGCACCAUAUUUCAUAC